AUGAUAAAGUAAAAAAGCUUGCUUGGACAAAAAGCUAAUUUGGCUGUUUAUAUAAAAGAUCAGGGCGUGCUGCUACUGUCCUUUUCUUCUUCUUCUCCCUUCGUAAUCUAAGCAGUUUAUUAAAAACAGCACAACAUGACUGUGAAGUCUCCUUUUUAUAAUAAACCUUCGACACUAACAAGUGUUGAUUCUUGUCAUAAAUGCCCGUCGCAACCGUCGACAACUCAACUGUCAGCUAAUUUUAGAAAGACAAGUGGUUUAUUAUUCUUACCUGAAAAAGACCAGUCUAAAACUGUAUCUACAGUUAAUACUGGCGUCGAUCAGUCGAUGGUUUUCGUUCCUUCCACCAACAAUAACAAGAUUCAUACUGCAUCCUCUGUCAUUGUUGAACCAUGCAACUCCAGUGUUGCGAAAAUGGAUAUUGGAAGUACAGUUGCCACCUCCUGUUCGAACUGCGGCAUUACUUCUACGCCUCUAUGGAGAAGAUCUCCGCUUGGGGAAAUUAUCUGUAAUGCUUGCGGUUUAUACUACAAAGCACGCAAUACUUCCCGCCCUGUCUGGUUGAAGAAAAACACAACUGCAUUAACAAAACGCUCAUUCAAAACAUGUCCUAUUGCACCUCGUAUUAUACGAUCGCCUCCUCUUUUGGCUCCUGCGCCUAGUAAUACUGCUAAAGACCCUAUCUUAUUACUAGCAAUAAAGACCAACAGAAAUCAGGAAAAAGACACUCAAAUGCCACCACAACAGCAACAUUUUACUGAACCCAUCAAAAACUCCUUCGACUCUACAGUAUCGUCUACGCCAGAUAGCACUACAACAACUGACACCACACUUAGUUGCAUCAAUUGUCAUACCUCGACCACUCCUUUAUGGCGGCGCGAUGAAUUUGGUCAGCCAAUUUGCAAUGCAUGUGGUCUUUAUUUCAAGCUACACAGCAUUCAUCGACCUAUCACAAUGAAACGCUCCACUAUCAAACGAAGAAAGAGAGUUACAGCUGCUACUAUUGCCACUCAGCGUAGACAUCCUGUUAUUAUUCAGCAAUAUCCUCAUUUGAAAUCUUACCCUAUCAAACAGCAACAACAGCCCAACCGCAACAAUGAAACGAACAGCAGUCUCAGCAAAAGCACGUUGCAUCCUACAGAUCCACAGUUGCGCCCUUUAUUGCCUUUGCUUUCACCAUCAUAUAUAAGAUCUACUAAAGAUAACAUCCCUUCCUAUCCUGGAGUUCCUGGUCCUGAUCCCAUAGAACCCGACGUUUCUCAGCAGCAUUUUCGAUAUCUACCUUCCCCUCCAAUGAAGCCUACUAAAACUCGCAACAACAACAAUACGAACAUUGCUUGCCUUUUGAAUCCUGAUAUAAAGAAGCAUGAACGAAACUUACCUGGACUGCCAUCUCCACCUAUGUUGACACACGAUGAUACCGGCCCUUCACCACCUCCGACAGCAGACUUGGACUCUCCUUUAUUGUCCCACCCCAUUAGCAAAGAUCCCAAGCAUACUCAUAAAGUAUUGAAAGCUCAUCGUAACGAACUGAAACGCGAAUUUAACAAUUUGACUUUCCUCUUGACUCGUACAACGACGAUGCUUCAAAAUAUUGACCAUGCUAUGGCUGUUAACACCCUAUCUAUCUCUGCUGCUGCUUCUCAUAAAGACGAGUAUUAGAUAAUUAUAUCCUUAUGGUUACAUAUUUGUCUUCUUUUUUCAUAUAAACUCUCAGUAUGCUAUUUUUACAAUUAUGUUUUAUUUUCUUUCUAUGCCGUCACUAUGUGUUUCAUCAUGUGAAACCAUGUGAGCUACAACAUACGCUGUUGUGUUAUUGAUAAAAGUCAGGGACCUUUUUAUUACAAUGAUUAUCACAAGCUUUUCUUUUCUCUCAAACAUAGAAGUGGAAUGAAAUAGUAUGUUACUCUUUAAACAUAUACAAUAAAAAUUUAUUCAGCUAGAAAAGCAUAAGGUAUUAUUUUUUUAUUUUUUUGUAGGAAACGCGAG